GCGGCCGAUAAAGGGUGCUAGGCGGCGAGUAGCCCGGCAGAGCCGAGGAUGGGAGUAGAGCGGCGUCCUUGAGCAGCACUGGACUCCUCGCCUCUCAUUUCAUCUCGCUCUCGCCAACCAGCUCGCCCUUCCACCUGCUGGCCGCCCAGAACAUCUUCCACCAUGGCCACCUCAGCGAGUUCCCAGUUGAACAAAGGCAUCAAGCAGGUGUACAUGUCCCUGCCACAGGGCGAGAAAGUCCAGGCCAUGUAUAUCUGGAUCGAUGGCACUGGUGAAGGACUGCGCUGUAAGACCCGGACCCUGGACUGUGAGCCCAAGUGUGUGGAAGAGUUGCCAGAGUGGAAUUUUGAUGGUUCUAGUACUUUUCAGUCUGAAGGUUCCAACAGUGACAUGUAUCUCAUCCCUGCUGCCAUGUUUCGGGAUCCCUUCCGCAAGGACCCCAACAAGCUGGUGUUCUGUGAAGUUAUCAAGUACAAUCGAAAGCCUGCAGAGACCAAUUUAAGGUAUACCUGUAGACGGAUAAUGGACAUGGUGAGCAACCAGCACCCCUGGUUCGGAAUGGAGCAGGAAUAUACUCUGAUGGGGACAGAUGGACAUCCCUUUGGUUGGCCUUCCAAUGGCUUCCCUGGGCCCCAAGGUCCGUAUUACUGUGGAGUGGGAGCAGACAGAGCCUAUGGCAGGGAUAUCGUGGAAGCUCACUACCGGGCCUGCUUGUACGCUGGAAUCAAGAUUGCAGGGACGAAUGCUGAGGUCAUGCCUGCCCAGUGGGAAUUCCAAAUAGGGCCUUGCGAAGGAAUCAGCAUGGGAGAUCAUCUCUGGGUGGCCCGUUUCAUCCUGCAUCGUGUAUGUGAAGACUUUGGGGUGAUAGCAACCUUUGACCCAAAGCCUAUUCCUGGGAACUGGAAUGGUGCCGGCUGCCAUACCAACUUCAGCACCAAGGCCAUGCGUGAGGAAAAUGGUCUGAAGUACAUCGAAGAAGCCAUUGAAAAGCUGAGCAAGAGGCACCAGUAUCACAUCCGCGCCUAUGAUCCCAAGGGGGGCCUGGACAACGCCCGUCGCCUAACUGGAUUCCACGAAACCUCCAACAUCAACGACUUUUCCGCUGGCGUGGCCAACCGUAGCGCCAGCAUCCGCAUUCCCCGGACUGUUGGCCAGGAGAAGAAGGGCUACUUUGAAGACCGGCGCCCCUCUGCCAACUGCGACCCCUUCUCAGUGACAGAAGCCCUCAUCCGCACGUGUCUUCUCAAUGAAACCGGCGAUGAACCCUUCCAGUACAAAAACUAAGUGGACUAGCCUUCCAGUCAUCGAAACCUUCCUAGCUCAUCCCACUCCAGCUCUGCCCCGUUCCCCGUGGCCCUAAUUGUCUCAAUUGUAACUCAAAGGGUGGAAUAUCAAGGUCUUUUUCUAUUCCCUUGUGCCCAGUUAAUCUUGCUUUCUUUGGCCAGGAUAGAGGGGUCAAUUUCUUAAUCUCUUCAUAGCUAACCCCUUUUCCCAUCACUGAAGCUUCCUAGUGUGUUAGUGGGGAGGAAGAUGGGUAUGCAUAACCCUGCUGCCAUGUAAUCGAGACGCUUGGCCAGCAGGCAUGGCUGUCCGUACAGUGCAUGCGUGAGAAGGAGGGGGAGGACAUUUUCUUCAAGGUAGCAGAGAUUGACUGGUUAUAUUAGGACUUUCCCUCUCAGUGGAAAGCUGUUCCAUCAGAGGUUAUAACCAACUCUCUGAGAAGAGGGAGUUAGAGAAGGAGGGGUUGGGGAUAAGGAAGGAAAAGGCCUUUGGUCUCUUGUGCUUCCCUUGCUUGGGGCUACAUGCCCUCCCAGAACAUAAAGCUCAGAGUACAAACUGACCUUAACCGAAGAAAAAGGUCUUACUGCUUGAUCCUCCAUUUAUAACACAGAGUAGUAUUUUUAUAUUUAAAUUUAAAAACAAACAAAAAAAGUAUAUAUGGGUGUGUGUGGAUAAGUGUUUUUCUAAGGGAGAAAACCAUCCUGGUCACUGGGAGCCAGAUUGGAAGAAUCUAGUCUGGUUUAGAUGUAACCUGGAGGGGUGGUGGUGGGGAAGCAGUGCUUGAGAGGUUGGCUGUUCAAGGCUGUGGUCCCUUGAACAGAAACCCCUUAAGGGUUUCUCUGCCCUGCUCACUCUCCUGGGUGGACAGUCAUUAGUUACCAGGUGAAUAUUCAUUACUAGCAGCUACCCGAGCCUCAUAGCUUUGGUUUAAAAAACACACGUGUGCUUGUCCACACACGGGGUUUAGAAACAUGAGUUGGCUGGUCAACUUGAGCAUGUUACUGAUGGGAUAUUUGGGUAUUUUCUGGUGGGACUAGCAUGUCACUAAAGCAGGCCUUUUGAUAUAUUAAAGUUUUUAAAGCAAAACAAGUUUAGAUUUUAAUCAAAUUUCUAGGGUUUCUAUUCUAAUUUUAACAGAAUUGCUUUUUGGCUUCAGCUGUCUCCUACCUCUGGUCUUGGAGAUAGGGAUGGGGCUGGAGUCGAAAUACAUGUGAUUUUGUAUCCUGUUGUCUUCUCCCACUGCGGUAUCCUCCUUCCCUCUUGUUAAGAUUCCUGAGGAGUUAUAUUUUUCUUUUACAAUAGAAAACAAACCCCACCUUGACCCCAGCAUUUCUCCUAUUCUCCAGCUGUUUUCAUGUUGGCUGCAGCAGACUGGCUGUGGUUUCUCUUGCCAUGACGACUUCUAAUUGCCAUGUACAGUAUGUGCAGGGUUAGAUAACUCCUCAUGUAAACAAACUGUAACUGCCCAGAGCAGCACUUAUAAAUCAACCUAACAUUUAUAAGA